GCCAGAGCCCCGAUUGCAUUAUCUCGCUAUCCACGUCCUUUUUUCCUGUCCACGGCUCACCUCGCUUCUAUCGUGGACAAAUAUGUACAAAUUGGGUCGCCGUAGCUUGGGCCCGGCCUUGAAGGCUGUCAGGAAUGCACCUGUCCGCAGCUCGAUCCAGCAACGACGAAACCUCAGUAUCCACGAAUACCUCUCGGCAAGACUGCUGAAAUCGUACGGCAUUGGCGUUCCAGAUGGAGAGGUUGCAAAGACAGCCCAAGAGGCCGAGACAAUUGCGAAGAAGAUUGACGGAGAUGAUAUGGUCAUCAAAGCUCAAGUCCUCGCAGGUGGUCGAGGCAAGGGCUCUUUCGAUAAUGGCUUGAAAGGUGGUGUCAGAGUCAUUUACUCUCCUACAGAAGCAAAAAUGUUUGCUGAGCAGAUGAUCGGACACAAACUCAUCACUAAACAAACCGGUGCUCGAGGCCGCAUCUGCAACUCGGUGUACAUUUGCGAGCGUAAAUUCGCCCGUCGAGAAUUCUACCUUGCUAUCCUCAUGGACCGUUCAACCCAAUCUCCCGUCAUUGUCGCCUCGUCCCAAGGUGGUAUGGACAUCGAGACCGUAGCAAAAGAAACUCCAGAUGCCAUCAUCACCACGCCCGUCGACAUCAACACGGGUGUGACCGACGAGAUGGCCAGGAACAUUGCAACGCAGCUCGGAUUCAGCGAGCAAUGCAUCGAGGAUGCAAAGAAUACCAUUCAGAGACUGUACAAGGUUUUCAUGGACAAGGACGCCACACAGAUCGAGAUCAAUCCCUUGAGCGAGACGAGCGAUCACCAGGUUCUAGCUAUGGAUGCCAAAUUGGGCUUUGAUGAUAAUGCCGAGUUCCGUCAAAAGGAGGUCUUCUCGUGGAGAGAUACAACACAAGAGGAUCCUGAUGAGGUCAAGGCUGCAGAGCAAGGUCUUAACUUUAUCAAGUUAGACGGUGACAUUGGAUGUCUUGUCAAUGGUGCUGGUCUCGCCAUGGCGACUAUGGACAUCAUCAAGCUGAACGGUGGCUCACCCGCCAACUUCUUGGAUGUUGGAGGUGGUGCCACCCCCGAAGCCAUCAAGGAAGCCUUUGAGUUGAUCACCAGCGACCCCAAGGUCACGGCGAUCUUUGUCAACAUCUUUGGAGGUAUUGUCAGGUGUGACGCUAUUGCACAGGGCUUGAUCCACGUUGUACAACAGAUGAACUUACGACUACCCAUCGUAUGCCGUCUGCAAGGCACAAACAUGGAGAAGGCAGCUGAAUUGGUCAACAACUCCGGACUCAAGAUCUUUUCCAUCACCGACCUUCAAGAUGCUGCGGCCAAGGCCGUGGACUUUUCCAAGAUUGUGAAGAUGGCAAGAGACAUUGAUGUCGGCGUUGAGUUUACCCUCGGUAUCUGAGUCCCGGUUCAGGUCUUUUCUUCUCGUUCUCGAAGUGAAUUGAUAGUCUUCAGGGUCACCUACCUAGCCAGCUUCUUUGUAACUCUCUUGUUAACAAUAUCACCAAAAAUACCAAUACCAUGCCAAUAUAUUUGAUUUCACGAGUCAAUUCUACAAUUUAUACGGAGUGUUCCGUACAUUCUUUUUCUUACUCUACUAUGCAAUCCACCUCUUGGUCCUCCUAAUCCUCCCCCCUCGACUUCAACGGCUCCCUUCUACACAAGACAACAAGAACGAUCGGGUCGAAGAAAGAAGGGUAUAUAUCUCGGUGGAUUUUCUCACCCGAAGGACUGGGCAAUCGUUGUAGUUUUGUUUUACCCUAGGUAGUUUGUACGGGAGUACUGAGUAUGAUUAUACAUGUGCGGAAGCUCAUUCGGUACCUAUGUUGGAAGAUUCUUUCUGUCAAAGU